AUGUCCGACGACGAGCGCAUGGGCGACUUUGGCGGCGACUACGACUACGAUGCCGAGGAACCAGAGCACAUUGAGUACGAUGGCGAGCUCGAGCAUAAUGAGGACGAUGAGGGGGACGAGAAUAUCAUUGUUUCGGGCGACGUGCCAGACGACGUCAAGCAGCGUACGGGCAAGGCGGCGAGGGCGAACGAGGUCCGCAUCACCACGCCGUACAUGACCAAGUACGAGCGGGCGCGUGUGUUGGGGACGCGUGCACUGCAGAUCUCAAUGAACGCGCCUGUUCUCGUGCCGGUCGAGGGCGAGACGGACCCACUCGAGAUUGCGCUCAAGGAGCUUGCGGCCAAGAAGAUCCCACUCGUCAUCCGCCGUUUCCUGCCCGACAACUCGUUCGAGGACUGGAAGGUCGAGGAGCUCAUUGUCCAGGAGUAG